ACAGAGAUGCGUCAACAUUUAAGAACCGGUGUGAACAACAGCUAGAGAUUUCCGUUCCCCAACAAUGUCAACGCAAAAGGCCGUUGAAAAGAUGAGUUAGGGAUAUAUCAAUACACAUAUACUCAAAUGUUUUGAAACACGUGAAAUGUCUUAUCAGCGGAACGGGCUAAUUGGCACCACACAGAACCAGUAGUCUUGGAUACGGAAGUAAAGAAACGUAUCUCCUGUUAGCAACCAGCAUAGCAACGGUUCUAGCGGACUCAAACUCAUGUGCACAGCAGCUGUGUACUGAGUUCAAAUAGGAUGUUUAAAAACACAUUCCAGAGCGGGUUUUUGUCUAUCUUAUACAGUAUCGGCAGCAAACCGCUUCAAAUAUGGGACAAAAAGGUGAGGAAUGGUCACAUCAAGAAAAUUGCAGACAAUGACAUCCACUCAAAUGUGUUGGAGAUUGAGGGAGCCAAUGUCAGCACCACCUAUAUUACAUGUCCUGCAGACCCUAAGAAGACGCUGGGCAUCAGACUUCAGUUUCUGGUCAUGGUCAUUAAAAACCUCAAGAAAUAUUUCACAUUUGAAGUUCAGGUGUUGGAUGACAAAAACGUUCGGCGGCGAUUUCGGGCGAGUAACUAUCAGAGUAUGACUCGAGUGAAGCCGUUUAUCUGCACCAUGCCCAUGAGGCUGGAUGACGGCUGGAACCAGAUUCAGUUCAACCUGUCAGACUUCACCAGGAGGGCCUACGGAACCAAUUAUACGGAGACGCUGCGUGUACAGAUUCAUGCUAACUGUCGUAUAAGGAGGGUGUACUUCUCAGACAGACUGUACGCUGAGGAUGAGCUCCCAGCAGAGUUUAAGCUCUACCUGCCUGUCCAGAACCAGAAGGCCAAGCAGUAGAGCCUCUCAACCUGCACUGUUCCCUCAGAUGUGAUGUAGAUUUGCUGCUGGUGUGCAGGAGAAUGUGCGUUUGUCCAGUGCUAUGUAUUGCUGCCAUAGUGAAUGACGUAGUAGUCAUGGACAUACAUCAACACGGCGACAGGCUGUCCAAUGAUGAGAGACAUCCACACGGCUGCGUUGCCAUAGUUUCCAUUCAGGAAGCGACCCACAAACCAAGCCAGAGGAACCUGAAGGCGUUAAAAGGUCAGACGUCGUGUGUAAAAGUUUGGAGAGAGCAGAGAUGAGAGAGAAUGAAAGAAAUGAUGGAUUCAAUGCGUCUUACCUGAGCCAUCAUUCCCAUGAAAGCCCACAGUCUGAACAUCUUCAGAGGAACACUAACGAGGUACUGCAGAAAGAAAAGACGACGCAAUCAGGCUGACAGUGACAGAUGUGCAUUUUCUUCCACAGUGAAACAUAGUCAAGCAUUUUUCUGAAGGAGUCUGUUUGACAUACAGAAAUAAAAAUAACAAUCAGAGCAGUUCAAUUAUAAGACACAUUGACGUGGAGACUGAAUUCUGUUAGUUUACCUCAUGGAAGAAAGCAGAAAUCAGAAAGACAGCAGUCUGAGCCAGAAACUUGUUGAUCCCAGUCCUCAACAGUGGCUUAUAGAAAUGCCUGUAAAACAUAAAGAUAGCAAAAAUACUUUAUUAGUAAGUUGACUCAGAUCUGACAACAAGUGUCAGUCAGCACCUGUAUUACUUCACUGUUGUUUUUUAUUAAUCAGACUUCAAUCAGAAGGAGAAGGCAAAACAUCAAAUACAGUUGAAAAUGCUAAAACAACUCAUUGUAACAGGACUGGGGCACACCUCAGGCACCACUUGUGCACUGGGAUGUUCCAGUUGGCCCAGAAAUACGUGACCGUCUCAGAGUUCCUGAAAAGAACAAGAAUAGAACAGUUUGAGAACCGAUUAUUGGGUGUUCUGAAAGAAUUCAGACACGUUUGAAAUGAAGGUUUUAUUUUGAUCCAAGUUUGAGCGACUUCAAAUGCAGAAAACAUGGAAGUGCGUGUCAAGUAACACUCACCACCAGUCCUUGUAAAACUCCCUGUCUCCAAACUGCAUCAGCUCUGCCACGAAGUUCAUGGAGGAGUGGAAAAACCAGUAGAAGAAGAUUAACCAUAUCAGAUGGUUAGGAACCUAGGAAAGGAAAGGAAAGGAAAGGAAAGGAAAGGAAAGGAAAGGAAAGGAGUCUGGGUUGGUAAACUAUGGUUGCCGCUCAUGGAAUAACAUUUCUUUGUGAUAAAACCUUAAUACACAGAUGAGACAACAAUCACAGCUAAGGUCAACACCAGGGUAAGGGGAUCAGGUCAUAUGUGGGUUAAAGGUUUACGCUCUGUGAAGUUCUAAAAAGUCUCUGAUGAGCAUCCAGCGUAGCUUUCACAUGAUACUUACAGCAAGUUUCAGCAGGCGUUCCACCAUCCUACCAAAGUCCAUUUCCUUUGAGACAGAAGGAAAAAAACUAAAUUAAGUUGUUAUAAUAAGACUUCACCAAUUACAUACAGUUUACAAUUUCUUCCUGACUUUGCCUUUUCUGUUCAUUUACUGAGACACGACUGGCUGAAGUUUGUGUGAAUUUAACAUAUGGUAGAAGUUCUUAGUGUGGCUGUAAAAAAAGUGGCCAAAUUAGAAUGAUAGCAUAGUUGAAGCUCUUCUUUGUAUAGAGUGCAAUGUGCAUAAAUACAGCAUACCCACCUGGAAUGGUUUCAUUGAGUUCUGGAUAGUGGGAACCAUCCACUGAAAGACACACACUUGAGUUACAGAUUUUGUGAAACACAGAGGACCAGAAAUAGCUCUCUGUAGAAUAUUUUUGCUGUAAUAUGUAAAUCUAAUUAUGUAAAUCUUGAACAAACCUGCUGUAUUAAUCCCACCAACAACUGCAUUAAAAAAAUCUGCAACAAAGA